AUGGCACUGCGGAAGGGCCUGUGCCACAAGGGCUUUGGACAAGGAUGGAUGUUGACAAGCAUGCCAUUUGGGGAGAAACUAUUGGUGCUUCCCAAGCCUUCUGAUGCAGAUUGGGAUGACCUGUGGGAGCAGUUUGAUGAGCGGCGGUAUUUGAAUGCCAAAAAGUGGCGUGUUGGCGAUGAUCCCUACAAGCUGUACGCUUUCAACCAGCGGGAGAGUGAACGGAUCUCCAGCAAUCGGGCUGUCCCAGACACACGCCAUAAGAGAUGUUCACUGCUGGUGUACUGUACAGACCUUCCUCCCACCAGCAUCAUCAUCACCUUCCACAACGAGGCGCGUUCCACUCUGCUCAGAACCAUCCGCAGUGUGUUAAACCGCACCCCUACACAUCUGAUCCAGGAAAUCAUAUUAGUGGAUGACUUCAGCAAUGACCCUGAGGACUGCAAGCAGCUCAUCAAACUGCCCAAGGUGAAGUGUUUGCGCAACAAUGAGCGGCAAGGUCUGGUCCGGUCCCGGAUGCGGGGUGCUGACAUUGCCCAAGGCACCACUCUGACAUUCCUAGACAGCCACUGUGAGGUGAACAGGGAUUGGCUGCAGCCUCUGUUACACAGGGUCAAAGAGGAUUACACAAGGGUCGUAUGCCCUGUGAUUGACAUCAUCAACCUGGAUACCUUCAAUUACAUUGAGUCUGCCUCAGAGCUCAGAGGGGGGUUUGACUGGAGCCUGCACUUCCAGUGGGAGCAGCUUUCCCCAGAGCAGAAGGCUUUGCGCCUGGACCCCACUGAGCCCAUCCGGACUCCAAUCAUAGCUGGAGGGCUCUUUGUGAUUGACAAAGCCUGGUUUGAUUACCUGGGUAAAUAUGACGUCGACAUGGACAUCUGGGGUGGGGAGAACUUUGAAAUCUCCUUCCGAGUCUGGAUGUGUGGCGGCAGCCUGGAGAUCAUCCCCUGCAGCCGGGUAGGGCAUGUCUUCAGGAAAAAGCACCCGUAUGUGUUCCCGGAUGGAAACGCCAACACAUACAUAAAGAACACCAAGCGGACAGCUGAAGUAUGGAUGGAUGAAUACAAACAGUACUACUACGCAGCCCGGCCUUUUGCCCUGGAGAGACCCUUUGGGAACAUUGAGAACAGGCUGAACCUGAGGAAGAAUCUACACUGCCAGACCUUCAAGUGGUACCUGGAGAAUGUCUACCCAGAACUCAGGGUCCCCCCAGACUCUUCCAUCCAGAAAGGCAACAUCCGGCAGAGGCAGAAGUGCCUGGAGUCUCAAAAGCAGAAAAAACAAGAGACUCCACACCUCAGGCUAAGCCCCUGCACCAAGGUCAAAGGAGAAGAAGCAAAGUCUCAGGUGUGGGCUUUCACAUAUACCCAGCAGAUCAUCCAGGAAGAGCUGUGCCUAUCUGUUGUCACCCUGUUCCCCGGUGCCCCAGUGGUUCUUGUCCUGUGCAAGAAUGGGGAUGAAAGGCAGCAAUGGAUGAAGACAGGUGCUCGAAUAGAGCACAUAGCAUCCCACCUCUGCCUGGACACAGACAUGUUUGGCGACAGCACCGAGGAUGGCAAAGAAGUCGUUGUCAACCCUUGUGAGUCAUCACUCAUGAGCCAGCACUGGGACAUUGUGAGCUCGUGAGGACCCUGGGCAGAUCCAGGUGUGGAUCAGGGAUGGUACUUCCCUAGACCAAAACAAACUGGCACCCAGGCUGUGGACAGCCCAUGUCUGCACCAGAUGUCCUCGACUGGAGGUAGAGCAAAGGCCCCCAGGACAGGAGCAACUGUCUCAGGGAAGAUGGAGGGAAAGGUGACACACCAGCAGGGCUCAGCAACACCCACAGGUGUACAAUAUUGUGAAGGUCCAUUCUGACCAGGUUUUCUGAUUGGGACCUAGAGAUGGAGAUCCGAUGGGAAGUGUUUGUUGUACCCUUUCUUACAAAACAAGGCACCUUAUG